GGCUUCUGAAAAACCUUCAACCAAUGGGAAUGCGCAGAAACAUCCCGAGGAGGAGGGGCAAAAGAGUAGCAAACAACCCAGGAAAAGAAAACGAAACAAAAAAAAACUCCAGUGGAGGUUGAAGAGGACAGUCUGCAGUAGGUUUAUCUACACCAACAAAAGGUUGAGGCAGUUUCCCUGUCAUGUUUCCAACUACUCGAGCCUGCAUACACUGAGAGAUAUACGAAAUUCGUUGUCUGAAUAUGAGCUGGCCCAGGUUAGGAAAACAUCGAUUGGACAUCUAGUCGACAUGCCGGAGUCACAAAAAUGGUCUGUCUGCCCUUUUUUUCUUUUUAAUGACUAGGGAGAUCCGUGUAGGACCGGAGCAAACACGAGAAGGUGAGGUACCCUUCCGUGUUGAAGGGAAAGACUUGUGUUUCUGCAAGGCAGACUUCAAGGAGUUACAUGUCUGCCUUUCAAGGAGUCGGGUGAAGAAAUUGAGUUGAAGGGGGUCUCGCACCUCAAGAAGAAGCAUUUUGAGGGUAUUCAUAAAGUGGAAGGAACACAUUUAUAUGAAUUCCUUGUAUUCAGAACGAAACCCAUGGUCCAGGGUGCAGGGGCUGAUGCUCUUCGUAAUCCCAUAUUGUCCGGUAAGAGCAAAAAACGUCCCCGGAAAUUACGAAAUAGGGAGCAUGUUCCAUGUUCAUCUGACGAGAGGGUGAAAUUGGCUUUGUUACUUAUGGUGCACGUAUUCAUACUUGGGCGCCAACUGCAGCACAAAAUAGACGACCAAGACUGGCUUUCGGUGGAAAACAUAGAGCAUUUCAACAAAAUCCCUUGGGGUGAGAAAUCGUAUGUCCUCUGUUUUGAGAAUACGAAGAAAGCAAUUAAAUAUCAAAACAACAAAGAAGACCCUACCGCUAAGCUCUCUCUCAAGCCAAGAGGAUUACCACAAGCGUUGGUGGUCUGGAUGUUGAAGCUCUUCCCGCAUUUGCUUGAAAAGUACGGAAGUGAAUCGCGUACGAAAGGGCAGCGUCCCCUUAUUCUUACGGUGUGGUGCGGGGAAGUAAUUAAUUAUGAGAAGCUUUGUGAAAUAAUGAAAGGAGUAGUCUAUAGUGAUGACAGGUUGCAGGAAAUCCGUGCGGGAGGUGAAGCGUUUCGUGAUGCUGCAUGGGAGGAAGCUGUGUCUGAAAAUCAUGAUUUGGAAGAUGCUUAAGCGGAUGGUCCCCGUCAUGAGAAAAAUCAAGCCAUGAAUUCUUCUGGUGACAAUAGACAUGUUGAUCAGGAGGUUCCGGAUCAAACCAGAGAGGUAAUAGGAGCAGGUGAUGCCGAACAUGGGUCCCACCUAGAUGCUAGAGUGUCAGUUGAAUUUAUUAAUAAUUGGACGGCAGAUGCAACGAAAAAAAUGAUAAACAGGGUGAAGGAGAUGAUAGAUGGAGUUUCUGAGAAUAUGAUUCAGUUGUUCGAUUCACAUGCACAGAGAAUCGGGUCGGUGGGAUCGAUGGUCAUCCAAUUACAUAAAACAAUUGUGAGUGAUUUUGAGAAUUAUCUUGAUCUUUGUGUGACUUGUCUAAAUGUUUGGAUGAGAUUAAAUUGUUUUGGUAUAACAGUGUGCUCCUCCGGAGAAUACUACAAGCGGUAGUUCGGAAUCUGGUGAAUCUAGCAAGAAUGGCGGUUCUUGCAAUGCUGAGUCUGAUGAAGAGGAUCGCGGUUUAGGACCUACCCGCAACAAGGAAUAUGAGCCGGUGGACAGGGGUGAGGAAGGGGAAGGUGAUGAUACAAGAAUUAACAUGACCAGUGAGGCUACAAAGGUCAGGGAGAUUCGUUGUGUUGAGAGUUUUGUCGAGAGUGGACACGAUGAGGUCAGGAAUGAUUAUGAAUGCUGUGAAGGUGGAUGUACAGGGUACUAAUCAAGGUACUGACCUCAUACGUGAAGAUGAUGUGGUGGAAGUGUUGGAUAAUAUGCAGGAAGUGAUGCUUACAAUCAAAGGUGGGGUUAUUGAUGUGGAAAUGAGUAAGGAAAACAUGUUUACAGACAAAGUUUUAUCCGUGUAAGAUGAUGCCGAUACAGAAACUUCGCGGAACCAUCAACAUGAUAAUGUGGAAGAGGAGUCCAACAAAGAGGAUCAUAGUUUAGGACCUAGCCACAACUAGGAAGAUGAGACGGUGGACGGAGUUGAGGAAGAGGAAGAGGAAGAGGAAGAUGAUGAUACACGAACUAACAUGACCACUGAGGUCAGAGAGAUUCAUGGUGUUGAGAUUUUUGUCGAGAGUGCACUCGAGGAUAAGAAUGGUUUUGAUGUACAGGGUACUAAUCCAUAUACUGUCCACAUACGUCAAGAUGAUGUGGUGGAAGUGAUGCUUACAAACGAAGGUGAGGGUAUUGGUGUGGAAAUUGUUAAGGAAGACAUACUUAGACACAAAGUUUCACCUGAGGAAAAGGGUGCUGAUACAGAAACUUCCAACAUCCGUGAAGAUGAUCCUGUGGAAGAGGAUCGCGGUUUAGGACCUCAACAAGGAAGAUGGGCCCGUGGACAAAGUUGAGGAUGCGGAAGCUGAUGAUACAAGAAUUAACAUGAUCACUGCGGCUACAGUGGUCAGAGAUAUUCAUGGUGUUAAGAGUUUUGUCGAGAGUGCACCCGAGGAUAAUAAUGGUUUUGAGGGUGUGAAGGGGGACGUACAAGGUACUUAUCCAUAUACUGACCACAUACGUCAAGAUGAUGUGGUGGAAGUGUUGGAGAAAAUGCAGGAACAGAUGCUUACGAUCAAAGGUGGGGUAAUUGAUGUGGAAAUUGGUAAGGAAAACAUGCUUAGCGACAAAGUUUUAACUGUGGAAGAGGAUGGUGAUGCGGUAGUUGAGAGCCCUAAGCUGGUCGAAAAGCAUGGUGUAGAAAAUCCUGGCACAGAAACAGGCCAGAACGAUCAAGAUAGUAAGGUGGAAGAGGAUGGUGAUGCGGAAGCUGAGAUUGCUAAGAGUAACAAAGAGCAUUGUUUACCCGAGAGUUUAGUCGUUGGUGCAUUAAACACUAAGUGUACCCUUGACGGUGUGAAGCAUGUUGUAGAUGAUCAUAGUCCAGAAACUAGCCAUGUGGAGGACUAUCCUAAAGACGCAGUUAAAGUUGUUAGUGCAAAAGCACCAAAAAUUAGUGUUGAUAACGUGGAAGAGGUGAUUAUCUCAGUACUAACAUAUUUAGAUAAUAAUCUGGAACAGUAUGGUGAUGCGGAAGUUGUGAUGGAAAGUAGUGAUAACCCGGUCGAAGAGCAUGGUGUAGAGGAUCCUGGUACAGAAACUGCCAAGAUCAGUCAAGUUGGAAAUGUGGGACAACAUGGUGAUGCGGAAGUCGUGUUGGAAAGUAGCGAUAACCCUGUCGAAGAGCAUGGUACAGAAAGUAGCGAUAACCCUGGUGUAGAGGAUCCUGGUGCAGAAACUGCCCAUAACAGUCAAGAUGGUGAUGCGGAAACUGAGAGCGCUAAGCCGGUUAUUCUGGAUGGUGUAUCCGAUAGUGUAGUCGGUGGUGCAUUAAACACUAAGUGUACUCUUGACGGUGUGAUGCAUGUUGUAGAUUUUUUAUCUCGCAAAGUUGAGUCCGAUGAAGAGGAUCAUGGUUUAGGACCUACCGGCAACAAGGAAGAUGAGCCGGUGGAUAAAGUUGUGGAAGAGGAAGAUGAUGAUGCAAAAAUUAACAUGACUAUUGAGGCUACAGAGGUCAGAGAGAGUCAUGGGGUUGAGAGUUUAGUCAACAUAAUAAAGGAAAACAUGACCAGUGAGGCGACAAAAGUGAUGAUUACAACCAAAGGUGGGGAUAUUGAUGUGGAAAUUGAUAAGGAAAAGGAUAACAUGACCAGUGAGGCUAGAGACAAAGUUUUAGUUGUGGAAGAGGAUGCGGAUACAAAACUGCGCGGAACCAUAACAUAAUAAUGUGGGAGAGCUGAUUAAAGAACUAGAGUUAGAUGGAGAGGUAAAGAUCAAAGAGAUUAAGGCUAAUGUAGAGAUGGAAGUUGUGAUGGAAGGUAGCAAUAACCCGGUCGAAGAGCAUGGUUUGGAUCUAGAAACUGGUACAGAAACCGCCAAAAUCAGUCAAGAAAAUAAUGUGGAAAAGUAUGGUGAUAUGGAAAUCGUGAUGGAAAGUAGCGAUAACCCUGUCGAAGAGCAUAGUGUAAAGGAUCCUGGUACAGAAACUUCCUACAACAGUCAAGAUGGUGAUGCGGGAGCUGAGAGUGCUAAGCCGGUUAUUCUGCAUGGUGUAUCCAAGGGUACUCUUGACGGUGUGAAGCAUGCUGUAGAUGAUCAUAGUCCAGAAACUACCCAUGUGGAGGACUUUUAUAAAGACGCAGUUAAAGUUGUUAGUGCAGAAGAACCAGAAGUUAGUACUGAUAACGUUAAGCCUGUCACCGGUGAGGACGUCAAAGAUGUUCCUAAGGGUAGGAAGAGAAUAAAGGUACUGGCGAAGCGGAAUAAGAGGCAAGUUAAAGCGGGUGAAGAAGAUGAUGGGACACUGAGCAGGGAUGUAAAAGGUUCCAGAAUUAUUGAAAUGCUGGAUGGCAAUAAAAAGAAGAAAGUACUUGAAUACUUCAGUACACAUGGCAGAACACAUUGCUUCGAUGGAAUUCAAAGACGAUGGUAGCCUGAUGUUUGAUAUAAGUGGAGAACUUAUCCUUCAACUAACCAGCAAAGACGCCUACUUGGAUUCGAAAUUCAUUGAUUUCUACAUUAGUAGGUUGAGGACAAAGAUGAACUCAAACCCCAAGUAUGGGAAAGCGAUAUUCCUCUCCCUGAAAAGCAUAUGAAUCUUUUCUGAAUGAUAAGGAUGAAUUCAACAAUUUCUGGAUUAAAAAGCUUGCUAAGGACUAUCGUGAAUGUAAACCAGUCAAAAUGUUCGCACCAAUGAGUAACAACAAUAACUAUUUCUCACUACUGGAGUAUGACUUGAUUAGCGGUGACAGAUGGUGCUACAGGAACUCGUUAGGCGAUAUGAACACGAAGAAAGAACACUAUUAACAAGCUAAGUCCUAUGCAGCGGCAAUAAGUCGUGCACUGAACUUAACUGAAAUUCCUCUUGCAUUGAUUAAGAAGGUCGAAACUACCCAUUCGCCCAUACAAGCAGCAUAUCCUGAAUGUCUGUUAUUUGUAUGCUAUUACAUGAAGUGUGGGAUGAAGAAUACUGAAUUUGAAACACAUUCAUCUCGCAAAAAAACACACAUGAACAGGGUAACGGUUAAAAAGGUGGGUGUCAUGAGAGCAAGCAUGAUUGACAAGAUUAUUUCAUAUGCAGACAGUAGGGCUCAUUAAACAUUAUUGUAAAAACAGUUGGUGGUAUUGAAAUUUUUUUAUACUUUAAUGUGACGCAGUUCCUUUG